AUGGCCCUUUCAUACGUUAAAAAGACGCUGCGCGAUAUACUUCGUGAUAAUACUCAUACUCGGAAGUGGAUUUAUGUUCGAGGUAUCCUGAUUAGUCAUCCAGUUAUGUUCCAAGUUAUGACAUUAGUGGCCAAGCUUAAUAGUAAAGAGUCCAAAGAGAACUUUACGUCGUCAGAUACAGAGUACGCAGCUGUGAAAUCUGGAUUAGCUCAUCCCGUAAAUUAUAUGGUCGAUGUCGACACAUAUUACGUUCCAAUUUUCAUACACACUGUCGUAUGCGAAGUAGGUUAUACGUUUCUAUUAGUUACAUUCGAUGUUUUGUAUGUAACACUAAUCGAGCAUUGCUGCGGAUUGUUAGAAGGCUUGAGAUAUAGAUUAGAAAAUGCAGUAAAUAUCGAAGAGAAUGAUGAUUUAAUGUUUAUACAGGAUAAAUCUUAUUUAAAUCUCGUGUACAGUAUUCAACGAUACACUGAAACAAUGCAAUUUGUAACCAUUAUGGAAUCGGUAUUCAGUUUACCUCUCUUUGUACACAUUGGAUGUUUUAUAAUAUGUUUAAGUACUGUAGGAUUUCAGGUGAUAACACACACGGGAAAUGUACAUCAUUUGUUAAAAUAUUACAGUUAUUUGAAUGGACUAUUAAUCAAUAUAUUUUUUGAAAAUUGGCAAGGUCAGAAAAUUAUAGACUCUAGCGAGAAAGUGUUCAAUUCUGCAUAUAACGCAGAGUGGUACAAUAUGUCGAAUACGACAAAAAAGCUUCUUAUAAUGAUACUAAUGAUAAGUAAAAAACCAUUGAUAUUCACUAUCGGUAAACUUUUCUCAUUGUCAUAUAUAACUUUUAAUUCGGUGAUGCGCACAUCAAUGUCAUAUUUUAUGCUAUUACGGUCUGUACAAUAAACAUUUUAAACGUAAUGUGCAUUUAUGUUCAGUUUGAGCAUGCUGUAAAAUUGA